AUGAGGUCCAAGCGCGUGAACUUGCUGAUCUGCCUCAUCGCCUUCGCGCUCUUCACCUUCUCCUGUUUCUGCAUCUCCAGGAUGACUCAGAUCAGUAACCAACUAACUAACUGUAGAAACCAUAUGUUCGAGUUUAAAGAAACCAUGCAACAUUUAAAAAACAGAGCUGAAAAUAGUCGCCGAGAGCUGAUGGAAGCCUUCGAUCAAAUGAAAAAUGAUAUUACAAACAGAGAAAAAGUAUCAGGGAGCUUAGCUGAAAAGAAAGUGAAUACAAGAAAUCAGAAUGAAACAGUUGCUAAUACACUGGAAGACUUAAAGUUCUUUUUUCCUCAUCUAAAAAAAGCAGACAGUAUUUAUCCUAAUAUAAUCAUUGGCAAAGGAAGGAGAGACGUUUCUUUUGCGCUCGGCAUUUCCACCGUGGACAGAGGGAAUCACAGUUACCUGAAGCAAACGCUCACCUCGGUCGUCUCCAGGAUGACUCUCGCAGAGCAGAGGGACUCUGUGGUGAUCGUCUCUGUCGCAGACAGCCAUGAAGAUUAUUUAAAUUCUGUUGUUAACAUGAUUACAAAAAAAUUCAAAAGGCAAGUGAAGUCUGGAUCCUUAGAAGUCAUUGCAAUACCUGCGUUUUUUUAUCCAGAGACAUUACAUGUCAAUCAACUAGCUGAUGACUCAGAAAAAUUGGAGAGCUGGCGAAUGAAACAAGUAUUGGACUUUUGUGUUUUGAUGCUGUAUGCCCAACCCAAGGCCAUGUACUAUUUACAGCUAGAAGAUGACAUCAUAGCUAAACAGAUGUACUUUACAAAAAUAGUGGAUUUUGUGCAUAAUAUUACUUCAAAUGAUUGGUUUUGCAUUGAGUUUUCGGUGCUUGGGUUCAUAGGAAAGCUGUUCAGAUCAGAGGACUUAACUGACCUUGUACGUUUCUUUUUGAUGUUCUACAAAAACAAACCCAUAGACAGUCUCUUAAGUGAGAUUUUUCAUUUAAAGAUGUGUGAUACAAGAAAGCAUCAUAUAACAUGCAAACAACGGAAGAAGCAAGUCUGUGUUCGGCAUAAUCCGUCCCUAUUCCAGCACGUGGGUAUACACUCGUCACUCCUUGGGAAAGAACAGUAUUUCAAAGAUAUCUAUUAUUAGGAAUUUCAUAAUUCCAACAGCUUCUUUAAAAAUUAUCAUCAUUCUUUGGAAAAAAAGUAGCAUAACAAGGAUUAUAUUAUUUCUCAACUUUCUUAAGAGUGUAUAAGAGAUCACAUUACUUUUUAAAAUUAAGUCUUCAGUAAUAAAAUGAAAAUAUGAAGAGAAGCAUAACAAGAAGAAAC